GCUACACCAUAUGAUCAAAACUCCUAAACAACCCACCACCAUUAUCCAUCCCUUCAAUCGUUCUGAUCAGAGAGAAGCAGUACCUAUGGCCGCUGCAACCUCAACCGUCGUGGGCUUGGCCACCUCCUCCCUCUCUUCGCCGUCGUCACUCAACCGCAGACAAACCACCUUAAAUUCAGCCUUUUUGAGGUCUACAACAACAACAAGGAACCCUUUGAGGGUUUCACAUGCUUCAGGUGGCAAAUAUACAUGCUUUGAAAGAGACUGGCUACGUAGAGACUUGAAUGUGAUAGGAUUUGGGUUGAUCGGAUGGCUCGCACCAUCAAGCAUACCAGCAAUCAACGGUGACAGUUUGACAGGACUCUUCUUUGGAAGCAUUGGAACUGAGCUCGCUCACUUCCCCACUCCUCCGGCUCUCACUUCACCAUUUUGGUUGUGGUUGGUGACAUGGCAUUUGGGACUCUUUAUAUGCCUAACUUUUGGGCAAAUUGGGUUCAAAGGAAGGACCGAAGAUUAUUUCGAGAAGUAGAGUGACUCCGUAUGUUUGUAAAUUUCCGUUUCAAGUCCCUGAUCUUUGUUGUUUGUCUAAAUACCCCUCGUGAAGUUAUGGCUUAUCUGAUCUUCCUUCUGGUGUAAUAUAUUUCUAUUGUUGCACAAAAAUCAGAAUAUAAUUUUCACUUUAGAAAUCUAAAAAUUAAAUAUGGUUGGUCA